CGAGCCCUGGGGCGAGCACUUCUAAGACCACAGUAAGUGUGGACCUUUGUGUAGAAGAGAGAAUAUCAUGGUGGCCUUCAAAGGGGUCUGGACGCAAGCUUUCUGGAAGGCAGUCACAGCAGAAUUUCUGGCUAUGCUUAUUUUUGUUCUCCUCAGCCUGGGAUCCACCAUCAACUGGGGUGGAACGGAAAAGCCCUUACCUGUCGACAUGGUCCUCAUCUCCCUUUGCUUUGGACUCAGCAUUGCGACUAUGGUGCAAUGCUUCGGACACAUCAGUGGGGGCCACAUCAACCCUGCUGUGACAGUGGCCAUGGUGUGCACCAGGAAGAUUAGCAUUGCCAAGUCUGUCUUCUACAUCACAGCCCAGUGCCUGGGUGCCAUCAUCGGAGCUGGGAUUCUCUACCUCGUCACACCUCCUAGUGUGGUGGGGGGCUUGGGGGUCACCACGGUUCAUGGAAAUCUCACUGCUGGUCAUGGUCUCCUGGUGGAGUUGAUAAUUACAUUUCAGUUGGUGUUUACUAUUUUUGCCAGCUGUGAUUCCAAACGAACUGAUGUCACUGGUUCAAUAGCUUUAGCAAUUGGAUUUUCUGUUGCAAUUGGACAUUUAUUUGCAAUCAAUUACACUGGUGCCAGCAUGAACCCCGCCCGAUCCUUCGGACCUGCAGUUAUCACGGGAAAUUGGGAAAACCAUUGGAUAUAUUGGGUUGGACCAAUCAUAGGAGCUGUCCUUGCUGGUGGCCUUUACGAGUAUGUCUUCUGUCCAGAUGUGGAACUCAAACGUCGUUUUAAAGAAGCCUUCAGCAAAGCUGCUCAGCAGACCAAAGGCAGCUACAUGGAGGUGGAGGACAACAGGAGUCAGGUAGAGACCGAGGACUUGAUCCUGAAACCUGGAGUGGUACACGUGAUUGACAUUGACCGGGGUGAGGAGAAGAAGGGGAAAGACCCCUCAGGAGAAGUGUUGUCUUCGGUAUGACUAGAAGAUAGCACUGAAAGCAGACAAGAACCCUUAGAACUGUCCUCAGAUUUCCUUCCACCUAUUAAGGAAACAGAUUUGUUAUAAAUUAGACAUGUGCAGGUUUGUUGUUUCAUGUCAUAUUACUCAGUCUAGAUAAUAAGUAUUCCAUUACUUACCAAGGAGGGAUGGAAGAAACCUAAUGUGAAUUCCAAAUCUAUAAAAGAAAUAUUUCAAAGUAUCCCCAAAGUGAACAUGUAUCUAGUGUAUCUAAUUGCUACUCAUUAAUAAUCAAUUUUAAAUGUGUAUCAGGAUUUGGUUAAGUCUUGCCUGACAGAAAAUAUAGACAAACCUAUCAGCUUAUUCCUCCUCUACCAGGAAAUUGGUAUUGCCAAUUCUCAUUUGAGUAUUUAUUCCCUUAAAUCAAGUUUGUCAGUGGCAAAAUACAGUAUGUCACAGAGUCAUGCACAUUCAAGAAAGGAAAUAUAACAAGCUUUUUUUAUGGGCAAUCCCUUAUUUAUAAACUACCUCGGCAAAAGCAUAUAUUAACAGGGAUCAUUGCUAAUGAAUUAUUUCCACUUAGAUUUCAAAUACCGAACUUUAAACCCAAACUCCAAUUCAUAAUAUUGCUUCCUCCUCCUCAAUGCGCAAGAUAAUGUGAAACUAAAACACAGAAAUUACAAGAAUGUUCAGAAAUCCUGUAUAUUUAUUAGUCCCACCUAAUAAAACAUCCAAAUCAUGAGAGACAUCUAUUUAGAUCUCGGACAAACAACCUUGUAAGAUCUUAUGGAGGUGGGGAGAAACUGACCAUCAUACAAAAAUAAGGAAGAAGGAAAUCUGAAUUCUGGUUUCAGAUAGUUGUUCUGUUUUCAGUGCACAUCCUCAAAUCCACCGCAUGAGGUUAACAAUAUAAGCUUUUAACCACUUAAUUACUUUGCUUAUUUUUAAAAAUUUAUUGGCAAAACUGGGGAUUUUGUUUGUUUGUAACUUUGGUUAUCUAUAUCUAAACACUAGCUGAGACGUAUUUUUUUUAAAUCCUUACCUGAGGAUAU